CCUCCAUCCUUUGGCUCCCUGUCAUCCUUCCAUUCAUCUGCAGUUCUUUCACACUUGCCAUCAAUUCCACUCUGAACACACUCCUCAUUCCAUCUUCUUUUCUGGCAUCCAACCACAUGCUCUCCAUCCAUUUAUCUACCCCCUACAUCCAUCCAAUUCUCCAUCAGUCUUUCCAGCAUCCCUCUGUUCCUUCCUCCCUGUCCCCACCCCCCAGCAACACCCCUUGCACCUUUUUUUCACCAAACCCUGCCAUGUAUCCAGACAUGGACCACAACAUCCAUCAGUCCUUCCAUCUACUUGUCCCUACUCCCAUUUACAUUCUAUCACUCCCUUCCCACCAUUCCCUGAGAACUUCUCUAUAUCCUACAUCCACCAUCUUUCCAUCCAUCCCUCCAGCAGAGAAGAGUGGAAAGACUAUCAUUGUCCCACUGCCCUCUGCUACUGCCAUCAUGGCCAAUGGUUGUGGCCUAACAUGGAUGAGAGUGCUGGAAGAAUAUCCUGAAAUUCUUGCUAUGUUCCUGAGUCUCAUGCAACUCUUCUCCCUCUCUUCCCAGGCUGGAACCACCUCUACUCUUACUGCUGUGGCUGUCACGGUCUCCUGGAUCCCAUCCACCCUGGUCUUCCUCCUGAUUCUUUCACUCCUGGCCUUCCUGUCAGUGCUUCUCUUCCUGUUCCUUGAUGGCUGGCAAAGUGACCCUAGGCACAGGGUACCAUACCCCAAACCCAUAAGGCACUGCCAAGACACUUCCUCAGUUCAGGGCAUAUGGACAGUCAACUCCAUUGGGCGCCUGGGGAACCAGAUGGGGGAAUACGCCACCCUCUAUGCCCUGGCCAAGAUGAAUGGGCAUCAGGCUUGUAUCCUCCCGGAGAUGCACCAACACCUGGCACCCCUCUUUCAUAUCACCCUGCCUGUGCUCCACAAGGACAUGGUCAAGAGGAUCCCUUGGAGGAACUAUCAGCUCCAUGACUGGAUGUCAGAGGAGUACAGACACAUCCAGGGCAAGUAUGUGCAGCUUAUGGGAUACCCCUGUUCCUGGACCUUCUACCACCAUCUCCGGGAUGAGAUCCUUUGGCAGUUCUCCUUCCACAACCAUGUCCGGGACGAGGCCAACCAGUACCUGGCUAGGUUGCGUGGCCAGCGCCGCCAUGUGACCUAUGUGGGCGUCCAUGUCCGCCGGGGGGACUAUGUCCAGCUGAUGCCCACAACCUGGAAGGGGGUGGUAGCUGACAGGACCUACCUGGAAAAGGCCAUGGGUUACUUCCGGGCUAAGUACAAGGAGCCAGUCUUUGUGGUGACCAGCAAUGGGAUGGACUGGUGCCGAAAGAACAUUGAUGCUUCAAGGGGGGACGUGUACUUCGUUGGGGAUGGGAGGGAGUUGUCUCCAGGCAGGGAUUUUGCGCUGCUGGCCCAUUGCAACCACACAAUCAUGACCAUUGGGACGUUCGGCAUCUGGGCUGCCUACCUGGCCAGAGGGGAGACCAUCUACCUGGCCAACUACACCCUGCCUGACUCCCCAUUCCUCCAGAUCUUCAAGCCCUCGGCUGCUUUUUUGCCUGAGUGGAUUGGGAUCAGUGCUGACCUCUCCCCACUCUUGUCCCUAGAAACAGAACCCUCGAGCCUGGACAGCAGGCCACAGACCCCAAACAAUCAAUAA